ACAACGUCACUUCCGACUCCGACAACGGCGCGCGGUAUGUUUGUCACAGUUCUGCUUCAUUAAAAUUCAUGUCGUGUUUUAGCAAAUAACAAAAAAUAUAACGGCGGCGGUAAGAAGAGACACGCAGCCAUAGGAAGGUCCGUGUGACUUUAUGUUUGUGAACAGAAGAUAAAGUUUGACAUUCAUGGUAAGAAGCCAUAUUAUCCAAAUUAUCACUUAACUGCCACCGCCAACGUCCUCCAACGGUUUUCUAACGUUCGCGUUUAAACGCUGUCCUGCCGCCGGUGUCUGCUGUCAUCAUGUCCCAGACGAACACUUCUAUUCUGGACGAGGUGGUUCAGUGGAGUCAGGAAACCUGCCGCCAGAAACUCAAGUCUGUCCUGCCAAAACUAACCUCUUUACAUCAUAAGUCCGAGAGCUGGGAUGAUCAUAUACGUAUCCUGAAGAUAAUUACAGACAUGUUCCUCCCUCAUAUUGGUUUGCCAGAGCUGGAAGAUGAGUGCUUCUCCAAGGUCUUACCAAAGGCGGUUACAAUGUUUGACAGCAUGAUGAAAGAAAUCUUGGACCAAGUCGGAGGGUUGUCUAGUCAAAACACUGAACUAUGUUCGUUACUAAGGAACAUUCUGCAGGCAAUGAUGCAGAUAAUCGAUGUACUGUCCACUUGCGUGCGUCACGUUGGCACAUUUGAGGAGGCACCUGACCUAGAUGCUAUCCGCUCGUUACCAACUUAUAUCCUGAAAGUCCUGAGGGAAACCUUUCAGCACUGCAAGGAGAGUGAGGUGGUUUACUGUGGCCGUCUGUCCCUGGUGGCUGACCUGUUGCAGGGGCUCUUCAAAGAGGCCUACACCCUCCAGAAGGGUCUGUUGGAGCUGCUGGACAGGAUCUCCCUUGACAGCUGUGCCUCAGAGGAGCAGGUCUCUGUUAUUGUAACAGUGAUUCACAGCCUGCUGGACAUCUGCUCUAUUAUCUCCAACCUGGACAUAGCACUGCAUGCAAACACAUGGAAAUUCCUCAUCAAACAGAGUCUGAAGUACCAAUCCUUGGUGGAGGAACAUCUGCAUCAUGGUGACAUCAGCAAUAGCCUCUCUGACAACCUGUUGGCCUCUUUCCACAACUGUUUGGAGCUGGCUGAGCAGAUUAAACUGGCUGGUCUGCAGGAGGCAACACAAAGCCCAGAGUACAAGCUGUUCCAGAAAUCUGCAAAGAUGUGCAGAUUCUUUGCCAACACUUUGGUUCAUUACAUAAAGGAAUUCAAAUUCUUUUUGACAAAGUAUUGUAGCUGCUUUCACCAACUCUGCCUCCAGAUCAUCAGUAACUUUCCUCCCAGCAUGUGUGCUCCAACACUGCCCUCAGCUCUGUCUGAGGAGCUGAAUGCAGCAGCUCGGGUUCCCAUAGAUGCUCUGCUGCUCCAGGUGUUGCCUUUAAGGCCGUUUGCUGAAGUUGUUCUCCAGCAGGACCUGCGGUUAAGUCGAGACCAUGAGCUUCCUCAGUGUCUUUUGCUGGUGAACAUCCUGGGUCAGCUCGCCACCCAGCCAGAGGAGGUGCUGCAGCUUUGGUACACUGGCAGUCAGUUCUCAGAAGAGACACCCAGGCUUCCUCUCUAUCAGGCCUUGUUUGCUGGUUUCAGACGUUGUUAUACUGAGCGUCAGGUUCCGGUGCUGUUGCCAGGAGUGAUGAUGAAGGGUCAGGCCCAGGUCCAGGUCACUCUGCACCACCAUGUCUGUGUGCAGCUCUGUGCUAGUGUGGCUGCACUGCCUCCAGUGUACUUCCCUGUAUUGGAGCGUUGUUUGGUUGAUGCAGUACUGCAGGCUGAUACCCAAACAGCUCUGCUGGCAGCAGAUGUGUGGUGCUUUACAGCGCGAUAUGGGACAGCAGAACUUUGUCUACAUCAUGUCCUCCUCAUCGCUCAGCUGGUGAAAGCUUGCACCACUGAGUGUUACCAGUCGUACCACCUGGGCCUGCUGCUCAAACGCAUGGUUUUCCUCAUGACACCGAACCACCAGAUGGAGCUGGUGGUGCGUUUCCCACCCUCUGAAGUGGAAAACCUUCCAGUGUGGCGACAUGUCCUCCUCAGAGCUCUUUCACAAGAGGCCCGUCACCGUGUAGAGACAGACAUCAUUGGCCUUUCUCAAAAAGCUCUGACCGACUGGCAGAAUGGAGGGUACAAACUAGGACGAGUGGACAAAGUGAACGCGGCGCUGUUAUCCCUCCUAGCAGUGGUUCGGGGGCACUCGUCUCCUGAGGAACAGUGUGUGUUGUCCGCAAUGAGGGUAAUCACGCAGCUCUGGAUACGAAUGAGUCCAGAACAGGUGCAGACCCACCCUGUGCUCCGCUGUACUCUGCAGCUGCUCCUGUCAGUAUCAGCCAUUUUAGUGAAAAACAUUGAACAUGAAGUCAUCCUUCAGGCUCUGUUGUGUGUGCAUACUGUGGUCUCUCAGGAGUGUGCAGAGCAGCUGCUGCUGGCUGCUCUGGAGUUCCUCUGCUCCCUUGGGAAGAUCUUCAUCCCUCCUGACAGACAGAAUCAAAUUCUGCCGAGGCUGAGCAGCCUGUUUGGAGUCCUGUUGUCUGACAGAUCAUGGCUGCUACAUCAGCACGCCCUGGAGGCCUUUUCUCAAUUUGCAGAGAUUACAAACCACGAAGAGGUCAUUUCCCAGAGUUUGUCUGAAGAAGAUACCAAGACAAAAGUGGUCAACUAUCUUAGCAAGACUGUGAAUGCACAGGAAGAUGUGGAGUCACGGCUACAGAGGCUCAAACUGGAGAAGGUGCUGAUUGAGCAACACAAUGAGAGUUUGGAGAACAACACAGAAAAUGCUUCCAACAAAGUGGCUGCUGAUGCCGUUUCAGAUUCAGAGCCAUGCCCAAAGAGAGCCCGGCAGGAGACCAGUGCAGAGGAGUACAGCCGCUACAUCCAGACAGCUGAGAGUGCUUUAAAAGCCCUUCAGGCUCUCGCCGAGGGUAAAGCCAACACUACUGUACCACCUCCACAGUGGCUGGAAUCCAGACUACAGGAGCUGCAGACACUCAUAACUCACAUCCGUACAGCCAGACACACAACCUAGCUGCUCCAGUUUGAUUUCUAGCCCCAGAUUAUUUACUUUAUGUACAGAAAAACUAUUUAAACACAGUCUGCGCCUGUGGAAGGCUGUAUUCACUUGGCUGGCUCAAUGUUUCUCUUCAUUUUUUUUUAAAUCGAUCUUGAUUCAUGUUGUUUAUUAAACUUGUUUGAAUAUA